AUGUACUCUCUUGUUCUCUCUGCAGAGGUCACCAAUCUCCGCCCGAAGGACACCGAAGAGAACCCUUACUUCUACACGUUUAAGGUGCAAUGCACGUCAUGUCGAGAGGUUCACCCUAACUGGAUCAGUUUCAAUAGAUUUGAGAAACUUGAGGUCCCUGGCAGUCGGGGUGAGGCAAAUUUCGUAUGGAAAUGUAGACUCUGCACGAGGACGCAUUCCGCCUCAAUCACAAACCCACCCACCGCAUAUGAAGAAUCGAAUAGCAAGGGCCAAAAGGUCAUUGAGUUCGAUUGUCGAGGGCUCGAGUUCACGGAGUUUAAGGCUGAUGGAGAGUGGGAAGCAAAGGGAGCAGAAUCGUCGACGGUGUUUUCAGGUAUCGAUAUUAGCGAUGGCGAGUGGUAUGAUUACGAUGAGAAGGCGGGUGAAGAGGUUAGUAUCAAAGAUGUCAGUUGGGAAAUUCGCAGAGCAUGA